ACCAGUAGUGCUGUUAUUAAAAAAAAAAAAAAAAAAAAAAAAAAACAGUAGUGCUGUACUUUUUGGGACAUUCUUAAAUAUACCCAAAAAAACAGGAGAAUAAAAUCGAGAAAGGGUUUUGAUGCUCUUUGAUUAUAUCAUUCUUCAAUGGCUAAGCCGGCAUGGUUAGUUGACAGUAAGAGGAUUGCAACAAAAAUUAAGAGUGCAUCAGGUGAUCCUGGAACAGUGAAUUGGAAGAGCAACCCUACAAAAUCUUGCCCUAAGUGCCAGUUUAUCAUUGAUAAUAAUGACGUCAGCCAUGACUGGCCAGGAUUACCGAGAGGUGUAAAAUUUGAUCCAACUGAUCAAGAGGUUAUUUGGCACUUACUUGGAAAAGUCGGAGGUGGAGAUCGGCAGCCCCAUCCUUUUAUUGAUGAGUUCAUUCCAACUGUUAAUGAGGAUGACGGAAUCUGCUAUACACAUCCUCAAAAUUUACCAGGUGUUAAGCAGGAUGGAAGUGUCUCACACUUCUUUCACCGAGCAAUUAAGGCUUAUAAUACGGGAACACGUAAGCGUAGGAAAAUACAUGGUGAUAAUGCUUCCGAUGUCCGUUGGCAUAAGACUGGUCGCACAAAACCUGUUAUCUUAGAUGGAAUUCAAAGAGGGUGUAAGAAGAUUAUGGUUCUUUAUGUAAGCCCAGUGGGGAAGGGUGGGAAAGCUGAGAAGACGAAUUGGGUGAUGCACCAGUAUCACCUAGGAACAGGGGAGGAUGAAAGGGAAGGGGAAUAUGUUGUGUCUAAAGUAUUUUAUCAGCAGCAGCAGCAGGUCAAGCAGGGCGAAAAAAUGGAACAAGAAUUCCCCGAGGAGUCCGAAUGUCUGGUUGCUAAAGUAGAUCCACAUAGCCCAAAGUCUCUGACUCCUGAACCCCCUCGGGGUGAGAGACUAUCUUCAACUAUGGAUGCAAGACAGCAACUUGCUGCUUCUAACAUCAGUCCCAUUACCCAGUAUCAUGAGAAGGAUUACAUAGAAGAUGACAUGAGAGCUCUUCCUGAGCAGACUGAGAAUAAUCAAGAUCAAAUAAUAGAGAAUCAGAUUGAUGAAACCGGGACAAAAGUUGAGACCGAGACUGGUGAUGACCCGAAAUGGUGGGACAGCGAGUCACAAUAUUUGCUAAAUUCUCAGCAACUUGUAGAAGGGCUAUCCUUGUGUGAUGAUCUUCUUGCGAGCCAGUCUCCAAAUAGGGACGGAAGUGAAAAUGACAAAGUGCAGAAAUGUAAACCUAGACUUGCUGAUUAUGCUCGUUUAGGACCAGAGGACCUGAAGAAGGAUUUGGAGGAGUGCCAAAAUUUUGUUCUUGAUCCAGCCAACAUAGACAUUGACACACCACCUGAUUUUCGACUUAGUCAACUUGAGUUUGGAUCACAGGACAGUUACAUUGCCUGGGGUGGGAACAAGUAUAGUUUUGAUUCUCAAACUGGUUGAGAUCAUAAUUCAACAAAUGCUAUCGAGAAUGCUAAUCCUUGUGAUCAGUUUUUUGUCAAGCUUGUGACGAAACUAUGUCUACCGCAAGUUAAUGGAAACUAUUGAUGCAACUUACUGUUUUGUAACCAAUGUGCGGCAAUGCUUCAAUGCCACCUUAAUGCUUUUUGUGCAAGAAAGUUCGUUGACCGAAUCUGGAUUUCUUGCUUAGUUAACCUUGUAAAUACAAGUUUAUAACUGCAUAUCUGAGCUUUACUAGUACUUUAUUUCCUAUGCAACUUUACAUUUUUUUGCCUGCUCA